AUGUCACUUCCCGAAGUUUUGAGACGAGGUGAUGAGUUUUUGGCAGAGUACCCGAGAACCAAUGCAUUGUGGCAAAUGGGAUCGCAUGCUACCUGCUUGUUGACGGUAGGAAUCUCAAAGUUGAUUCUUAAAACCUGCUAUAGUACUCGGUUGAACAACUUUGACAAACUGGAGAAAGCGAUCGACCGGUCGGUGAGCGAGAACCGUGGGCUAAUGACGGUGAUGAAUCACAUGUCGGUAGUGGAUGAUCCAUUUAUAUGGGGGGUGUUUCCGUGGAGGAUGUAUAAAGAUCUGGAUCACAUUCGGUGGUGUCUUGGGGCCCAUAAUGUUUGCUUCCAAGGCAAAUUUUUGGCAAAUUUCUUCUCCUUGGGUAAAGUACUGUCAACGGAGAGGUUUGGAGGGGGCCCUUUCCAGGGAUCGAUAGAUGCUUCUAUUAGACUAUUGUCACCAGACGAUACACUGGACCUCGAAUGGACUCCCGGCUGGGCACAGGAGCCUCCCAAGGGUCCACAGUCUUCUCGAGUGUCGUCGAUAUCGACCCUGGCGAAGAACUACACACCGCCAGUCAAGAGAACUAAGCCCUCGUGGGUCCAUGUCUAUCCUGAAGGCUUUGUUCUGCAAUUGGAGUCCCCCUACGCAAACUCCAUGAGAUACUUUAAAUGGGGUAUCACCCGAAUGAUCUUAGAGAGCACGGUUGCACCCAUCGUAGUGCCCAUUUUUAGCACUGGCUUCGAGAAAAUAGCACCAGAGUCUGCAGCGGGUACUAAGAUUGAGCGCUACUUACCUCGCAACUUUGGGGCUGAAGUGAACGUGACCAUCGGAGACCCUGUUGAUGACAAGAUUAUCGACGCGUACCGUGAAGAGUGGCAAAGGUUGGUGGAUAAAUAUCACGAUCCUAAAAAUCCAACUGAUCUCACCACAGAACUAAAAUUUGGAAAAGGUGCCCAAAGUUUGCGCAGUAGGCUGGCGUCCGAGCUACGAGCGCAUGUAGCCGAGGUCCGUCAUAACAGUCGCAACUUACCACUGGAAGACAAAAAGUUUCAGUCGCCUGAAUGGUGGAAAGAGUACACUCAAUCAGAGGGGGGCUCUGAUCCUAGUGUUAAAUUCAUUGGAAAGAAUUGGGCCAUAAGGCGGCUUCAAAAGUUCCUCAAGGAACAAGAACCGGACGCCAGUUUAGAACUUCCUAAAGAUGACUCUGAUAAAAAAUGA